AUGAAUGAUAUGAAGGAAAUUCGUAAGGAAUUGCUUCGUAUGCCGGAGAUUUUGUUAGAGAAAAUGAAUAAAACAGGUGUGCGGUACAAAUCAGGCACAAUUGCACAGGAGGAAGAAAAUUUGUAUGGACAGAAUAGUGAGUCCAAGUAUGAAAACAAGUAUCCUAAUAAAGAAUUUCAGUACGAUGACAUACACACACCUAAUGGCCAAAAUGGCAGUGGGAAUUAUGAUUUGGAUUCUGAAGGAGGGGAUUCGUUCAAACUCAGUACUGGUCACUUGAGUAGCUAUAAGGGUGAGAAGGAUGAUCCUAUAGAUGUCCUAGAGCAGUCGGAAAAAAGAGAAGCAUCAUAUCUAAAAACAGAUGAAAUAGAAGUAACAAGAUGGGAAGUGGAAACAAAUGAGCAAGAAGUGUCACAGGGCAUGUCAGAUGAUAAUAGCGAGAUAGAAGAUAAGAAGGAGGUGAUUCUAGGGAAGCGAAGGCGGACUGUGUCAAAGUACCAGAAAUCUCCUUAUGUUAAAAAGACUCCGAAAAAACGUGCGAAACGUUCCGCGAAAGCGAAACUGCUUAAUGAAACAAGCCCUCAGUUUGAUCAUUCUGUGGAUGAUGUGGUGCGUGCAGCUGUGCAGUACGUGAAAGCGUACGAUCACUCACCAAAACAUAAGAACCAUGAAAUAUUCAACAAUGGUAAAGAUGAAGGACUAUGUGCGGUAAUUGACGCUUAUGUGACGUACAUAUCGGAUUCAAGUAUCGCCAAGGAUAGGAAUCUAUUGAUAGUUCGAGAGAAAGAAUGA